GUGUGUGUGUGCGUGCGUUGUCACUAGAGAGAGCGAUAGAGAGAGAGAAGGAGAGAGUAGAGUGGUGUUGAGUCCGUACCUGGAAAAACAUAGCCGUGCACGCACACACUAGCAGGGAUUAUCUGUCUGUUCUGAGUCUGAUAGAGAAAUGCAGGCAUGAGUAGGAAGUGGAUCUGGAUGUGUAGUGUCCUAGUGCAAGCACAAGCCGGUGAUGGACUACAGACGCACAGACGGUAACCUGGCUUUCUCUGCAGAAGUGUCACCUUAAACCAGACCACGUCCGCAGAAUGCUGAGUCCUAUUGUUCCCUAUAGUCUGUUGAAGAUGCACUGGAACCCGGAGCAUGCCCAGCCCCUGAGCCAGUGGCCCGAGCAGCAUUUGGAUGUGUCCUCCACCACCUCUUCACCUGCCCACAAACCUGAGCUGUAUUCGGCACGUGGCCGCGGCUCCUACAGCUACGCCUGGGCCAAUGAUGACAUCUCCGCCCUCACUGCCUCCAACCUGCUUAAGCGCUAUGCUGAAAAGUACUCAGGUGUACUGGACUCAGCCUAUGAGCGCCCUGCUGUGGGUGCCUACCCUGAGCCUGGAGCCUUUGGGGCUCUCAAUGGCAGCCAGAAGAGUGAACUGGAGCCUUGGCCCCUCUCACACAGCACUGAUUCAACUUACCCUUUGGUUCCCCCCUCUACCCACGAUGGUCUGAAGGUGGCACCGGCACCCACAAUGCCACCUGGCUCAGGCAGCGUCUCUGCAGGCAGCAGCAAUCUGUCAGACUCAGGCUACAGUGGGAGCAGUUCAUGCAGUGGUCCCCAUUCCAGUGACUACCCGCCCAGCUACAAUGGUACCUACCUCUCGUCAGGAUACUGCCCACAAGGCAGCUCAGCACUUCCCCCAGCGCCACUUCACACCCUGCAGUCUGGCCCCACCCUCUUGCCCAGCUACACACCCUCUGCCCCUGUCUAUAACUACCCCCCUGCCACCUACCCCCACCAGACCAGCCUCGCACCCACCUACAGCCACCCGACUCCACCUUACCUUCCUUCUGGUAUAGCUGCUCCAACCCCCAUCACAUCACGGCCCACAGUGGUAGGAGGCAGCUACAGUUAUCAGAACAGUAGCCUGGGCAACUCGGAGACAGCAAGUUCACUGAAGAGGAAGGCAUUUGAAAUGACCCCUGAAGAGGAAGAGGGGGACGGGAGUUCACGCUACAGGAAAUAUAGCUAUGAAGCCUUAAAGUCUGGUGGAGACUCGCCAUAUAGUGUGAGUGACAAAGCAGAAUGCAGAGGGAAUGGGUUUGUUACUACAAGUGCGGACCCACAGGCAUUCAAGCCCAGCAAACCUGGGUCUCAGCCAGGCAUUGCAGGUGACGAGGUGGGCAAAUACAGUGGCUUGAAGCCCCUGCUUUCGCCAGCAUACGGAACAGCUGGCGACUACAGCCCCCCAACAGCCAUGACAGGAGAGAACGGAGGAGCUGAACAUGGCUUUCCACAGCAACAGCGUUCACUCAAGCGCUCUGAGCCGCUGAAAAGUAAAGAGCAGCGCCUGCUGGAGGUGGUAAACAAUGAGCUACAGGAAUGCACGCUGCCCCCACUGUGGUCAGAUCUAGUCGGCCAUACUCGUCUUAAAGCAGUUCUGGAAGAGGAGCUGCUGUGGCCAUUGCUGCGCUCUGACAGUUCUGUUCGGCCUCCCCGAACUGUGCUACUGUUUGGUCCACGAGGGGGUGGCAAAACCACACUGGUGCACUCAAUGGCCACCCAGCUUGGGGCCACUUUCUUCAGGCUGAGCGGUGCCACGCUUGUAUCCAAGUGGAAGGCUGAGGCUGAGCAGCUUCUGGGCAUGCUAUUCUCAGUGGCUACAGCGCGCCAGCCAGCGGUGGUGCUGCUGAGUGAAUUAGAGGCCUUUGAGGAUGAUGAGGGUCUCAGACAGCAGCUGCAGGCCCAGUUGGAGAAGGUGCACCGUGGCUUGUUGCUGGUGGUGUGUUCCACACGCCACCCGGAGCUUCUGAAAGAAUCGCUGCUGCGCUGCAUGGCCAAGCGUUACCAUGUCAGCCUGCCGGACGGAAGUGGGCGCAGGCAGCUGCUGCUGCAAGCUCUCGGGCCACAUGGUUGCAGCCUGAGUGAACAGGAGCUGGCUGCCGUGCUGCAGCGUUGCGAUGGAUUCUCUGUACGUGAGCUGCUGCAGCUCGGUCAGCAGGCCCUGGCUUCAGCAUCAGCUUCAGGCACUGGUCAAAUGCAUGGCCUUGGCGCUCCCAUCUCCUCGCCAGCCUUCAAAGACUUCGAGAGCGCUUUCUGUAAGGUGCGACCGCAUGGGGCCCCCAAAGAACUGGACACUUGUAUGGAAUGGAGCAAGGUGUAUAGCCACUAAGAGACAGUUCAGCCACUGGAAUCAGGACUGCUUGUCUUUGUGCUGAGGCAGAAAGCCUCGUGGAUAUUUUUGCUUUUUUCUUUCUGUUUUCUUUUUGUAGCUACAUACUUUGCAGCCAAAAAGGGGGGGUUAUUUUGGGAAAUUACAUUUUACGGUGAAAAGGCAUUUUAGUAUGAAAAAUUUUAGAAUUUUUUGUCUUGGAAACAUGCCAUGGUGUGCUGUUUUUCUAUAAAUAAACAUAUACUUUAUUUUUUCCCCAAAGAAAUUAAAUAUUAGGCAUUUAUCAGAGGAGGCAAUUGUUAGUUGUUUGCUGAUAGAAAAUUUGAAAUAUUUUCUGGAAUUUCACUAGAAUUCUGAUCAGCCUUGAUCCUGGAAUGAACCUGGAUUAUAUUAAUAAUGCCCCCAUUAACUGCAAUUCUCAGGAUCCUAUUUAUUGCCUGUCUGCUCCAAUGGCAUUAUAUUUUUAUUAUUUUUAUUUACUCUAAAUUGAUCAUUUGGUGUUAAACGGCUUGGGACAUAUUGGAGCAAAUGAAUUGUUUUUGACCAAAAAUGAUAAAAGAGCACCGCUUUUAAAUGAUACCUGCCCUACUGACAGCAUUUUACCAAAAUGCAACCACCAUUAUGCAACCUGCUUGAAACCAACAAUAUUGUGCAAAACAAGUUCAUUGUUAGACCGUGGUCAUAUCAUGUGCACUUUGUCAAAGCACGGUCUUUUCAUGAAAAGUGUAUGCAUCGCUACCCAAAUAGUAUUAAGACAUAGGAAGUAAGAGAGAAAGAGAGAGACUGGCCCUCACUGUCUGCACAAUCUGCUCUGUACACUGUACAAACCAAACACACACGUGGAAUAUAGAGACCACAGUGUUCUGGGACGUUAAACCCAUAACCCCUAACCACAAGUUCCCGCAGUCCAUCUCACAUUCCUCAGCUAGAUUUCUGAUUUCCUGAGACUGUCUCAUUGUACCCUGGAAAUGCAAAAAAAGAGCAAAAAAGUCUAAUAUUCUCUUCUGCUUACUAUUUUUUUUUCUUAGUAUAUGUAGUCUUGUUUGAAAUACUCAGGAAGAAUUUCUUUACCUCAGAAAUGAUAACGAAUGUAUGUAACCUUAGGGUCUUAGUAGUGAAUACUGAGGCGGUUCAGAGUUGUGAGAGAGAGUGGUCACAGACCUGUACACACACUGCAGCUGUGGUAUUACCUCAUAGGAGAAAACUUGAAAAUGAUACAAAGACUAAUGUUGAAUGUAAUUCAGGUAUUUCAGGGGAUAUCUGAUGCCAUAAAAAUCCACAAUUUUUGUAAUUCUAUAUAAAUACAUAUUUCCUUCAUCCUUUCCAUUUAUUUUGGAUGUAGAUUUUAAUGGAGUGAUGAUUGUCUUCAUGAAACGUUCUUGUAGAUGGCAAGUCAGAUGCUAGAUUUUGUUGGACAAACUGUUUGGAACUAGAUCAAUUGUACAUAAAUCAUGGUGAAUUUGAUUGUAAUGACUACAUAUGUUUUAUAGAUUUUAUGAACACAUAAUACAUAUGUAAUGCAUUAUAACACUUCAGAUAAUAGAAACCAGCCCAAAGAUUAAUCAAAGCAGAUUUGUAUGCAACUGGCAGCUAAUCAUGUCUAAUAAUCGAUUGUGUCAUGCAGGUUCUUGUACACACAGACACACUGCUGAUACACUCUACAUGUAGACAAUCCAGAAGCUUCUACCAAUGUUAAUGAUUUUUGGCUUUUACUCCAAAUGCUACUGAUUACACCAAUGCCAUUGUUCUGGAAAAGUUACAUAAAUCAUUUCUGAACAUUAUAAUCAUGCAUAUAUUUACAAGGUAUUGUUUUGUAAGGGAUUGAUAGAGCUUGUAGUUCAUUCAUUCCUUCCCAUGCUCUCUUUUUGCAUUUGGUCAUCAUUCUCCUUGAACCCUAUAGCACCAUUCAAGCUUAGCUGGUGGCUUCUGACAUGACAUAGAACGCGGGUCAAUCGUCAUGAUGAUUAUUGACAUUGAUCCUGACUGACGUUAAAGUACAAAACCCAGAGGUCUUGCACUCUGACUACACGUGUUAUAGUGUAGACACAAUACAGAGCACUGCCCACUUCUAGUCCCAAAAUCUGAGAGACUGUGUUUUAUGUAAGACUCAUGAGAUUUGUAUCCUUUUUUGUUCCAAAUAUGAGCAUACCAAAUCUUCAAUUUCAAAAAGUAUACAGGCAUGUUCAGUUAGCAGUUUGUUCAACAAAAUUGGCAUUUAUUAGCUGUUUUGAAUCUAUUAGUACAGUAACUUUUAUCUAGGUUCUUGUUCUUGUACAUUUUCUGUAACCAUUUCUACCUCAUUUUUUUUGCAACAUAUUGUACAUGAAAGUAUUUAUUUCAUGUCAUUUUUGAUGUCUGUUUUGAAAAUGAUAAUGUUCUUGAACUGUAAUGGUCUACCUCAAAAAAGGCUGUAUUUUAAGAGAAAAUAUCACACAUUAUUAAAGAGAAUAUGUCAGAGAA